UACUGCCUGCCAUCAGCUUAGGGACUCCUAUGCUUGGGUCCGGGCUGUUCCGCCUCCGCGCAUCACACUGGAGCGCGUAAAUGAGAGAAGCCGCGGGCGCUGCCUCUCGUGUGGCCGGUCGGGAAACUUCCUCCCGAAGUUGGACAGUGGAGAUUUUAUGUCCUUUUCGAGGAAAGCACUGCAGAAUCCUUUACCUACUUGGUAAUCAUCAACAGAUGCACAGUCAAACCAUCGUGGACGUCCACGGACUCCCUCGCGGCCUGUAGUUCUUAGCCUGUUCCUCGAGGUCAGCGUGGGCCAGAGUACACGGUUACAGUUCGGCCAGAAAGAGCUCUUCUGGCACCUUCUCAUCUCAGUAUGUGUCCUAAAAAUUGAGAAGCAGCCCUGAGGCUCAUGUGUAGAGGGUCUUCGGGGAGAUCUAAAUUGUCAUGCCUUUUGAGCAUGUCCUGUCGUGCUGGGUUAUCUAGCCCCUAACUUCUGAGUAACUUACUGGCUCCAGGAAAUGGGUCAGGGAGAGGAUGGAAAAACCGAGUGUAAUAAAUAUCACACAAGUUAAAAGUGCUGCUUCUUGAUGAGAAUAUGUUCAUUUAUCCAGCUGCCUCUGGCUACUUCUGAUGGCCUGGAGUGCCUCAGGCCGAUGUGACAAACUGAUCCUUGUUACACGUUGGAUUUCCACAGGCCUCCUGGACUGUCCGGUUUGGUGAUGGGACUAGAAGAAACAGCUUCCGGUUCUUCACUGUGUUUUAUUCAUUAAAACCUCCUGCAGAUCUGACCCCGUGCAUCAUGGAGUGCUGAGUUAAAUGGACUCAGUGACCUUUGAGGAUGUGGCUGUGAACUUCACCCUGGAAGAAUGGGCUUUACUGGAUUCUUCACAGAAGAAACUUUACAGAGAUGUGAUGCGGGAAACCUUCAGAAACGUGGCCUCAGUAGAGAAAAAGUGGAAGGAUCAUGACACUGAAUACAGGUGCAAAACCCAGGGGAGAAAAACAGGAAGUCCUACGGUAGGAAAACCUUGUGAAAGCAAAGAGGGUCGUCAGUGGGAAGAAACCAUCAGCCAGAUUCCAGAUGUUAAUCUGAACAAGAAAACUCCGUCUGGGGUAAAAGCACCUGAAGGUCGUCAGUGUGGAGAAACCACCGGCCAGACUCCACAUCUUAGUCUGAGCACGAAAACUCCUUCUGGGGUAAAACCCCGUGACUGUGGCGUGUGCGGAAAAGUCUUUGUGACUCAUUCAUCCCUUACUAGGCACGUCAGAUCGCACAGUGGGCACAGGCCAUAUGAGUACCGUGAGUACGAAGAGAAGCCAUAUAAGUGCAAGGAAUGUGGGAAAGCCUUCAGUUCCCGCAAAUCUGUUCACAGACAUGAAAGGACUCACACUGGAGAGAAACCCUACGGAUGUCAGGAAUGCGGGAAGGCUUUCACGUGGCUCACAACUUUUCGAAGACACGUGAUAACUCACACGGGAGAUGGGCCCUUUAAGUGUAAGGACUGCGGGAAGGCUUUCAGUGGCUCCACGUCGUUGCGGACACAUGAAAGGACGCACACUGGAGAGAAACCCUAUCAGUGUAAACAGUGUGGGAAGUCCCUCAGGUCCCCGCUAGGCUUGCGAAUACACGAAAGGAAUCACAGCGGGGAGAAGCCCUACGAGUGUCCGCAGUGCGGAAAAGCCCUCAGUUGCCCCAGCUCCUUUCGAAGACACGAAAGGACUCACACGGCCGAGAAACAGUACGCAUGUAAGCAGUGUGAGAAAACCUUCAGUUCUCCUCUGGGUUUGCGAAUACAUGAAAGAAUUCACUCCGGGGAGAAACCGUAUGAAUGUAAGGAAUGCGGGAAAGCCUUCGUCUCUCUGUCAAGCAUUCGAACGCACAUGAUCACGCACACCGGCGACGGGCCUUACAAAUGCAAGGAAUGCGGGAAGGCCUUCAUUUGCCCCAGUUCCUUUCGCUCCCACGAAAGGACACACACCGGAGAGAAGCCCUAUGAGUGUAAGCAGUGUGGGAAAACCUUCAGUUGGCCCAGUUCCUUUCGAAUCCACGAGAGGACUCACACAGGGGAGAAACCCUACGCGUGUAAGGAGUGCGGGAAAACCUUCAUUUAUCGCACCACCUUUCAGGGACACGUGAGAAAGCACACUGGAGAGAAACCCUAUAAGUGUAAAGAGUGUGGGAAAGCCUUCAUUUCUCCCUCGAGCGUUCGAACGCACAUGAUCACGCACACGGGAGAUGGACCUUAUAAGUGUAAGGAGUGCGGGAAAGCCUUCAAUUUCCCCAGUUCCUUUCGCAUCCAUGAAAGGACUCACACGGGAGAGAAGCCCUACGAGUGUAAACAGUGUGGAAGAGCCUUCAGUUGUUACACGUCCUUCCGGACACAUGAAAAAACUCACACUGGAGAGAAACCCUAUGAGUGUAGGGAAUGCGGGAAAGCCUUCAUUUAUCGCACUACCUUUCGAGGACACGUGAGAAUGCACACGGGAGAGAAACCCUACAAAUGUAAAGAAUGCGGGAAAGCCUUCAGUCGUCCCAAUUCCUUUCGAAGGCAUGAAAGAUCUCACACCGAGUAGAAGCCUCCUGAAGGAGAUCUGGAAGGUGGUACAGGAGGCGUCAGGUUUCAGAGCCACCAUACAGAGAGACGGACGGAUGCGCAGGAGCUUUGAGGAUACCCGCUUGCAGCCUGUGUUCCCGAUUCCCUGCCCUGCCAAUCAAGAGUGCCCUCCAUCUUCCCAGAGGUAUAGGUUUCCACAGAUACCUCCCCACGCUCCACAUAAAAGGUCCGUCACCGUCUAGGGGACUGUGGGGAUGUGCCCACCAGGCAACUAAUUUGAACUUCCGUGGUUGGGAGUAUUCCCUGAUGCUCAGACUCUCCUCUCCUCUCUAGAGUAUAGUCAUACAAGCUCUUAUUUGCACAGUGAACACCUUGUUCUGCUAAUACCACGAGUGACCGUGUAUUCCUGACUCCACUACGGUGACGCAGUCCAUAGAACCACAGGUGACACUGCUCCUGACCCUGCCCUUCCCUGGAGGACUGGCGCCUUCCUCCCGUCAGGCAGGUUAUGGAGGAGGGUUCCCUUUGCUCGCAGCUGUGCGUAAUUCCUCGGUACGGUUUCGAGUAUGUUUGAGCGUAUGUGAUUAAAAGCAGUGCAUCUGUUGAAA